GUGUGGACGCGCGCGCUGUGAGUGGCGACGCUCUCCAAACAAAGGGCAAGGAAACACGCACACGCACACAGACACAGGGCUCACUGCUGCAGCAGCACAGACACACACAUAUUCCUCUCCAGUGAAACAAACUAUUCUCAACCUGCAGCCAACAUGACAUCUAACGGAACCAGCGACAUGCUGACCAUCCAAUUCGGGCUCAUCAAUUGUGGAAACAAAUAUCUCACAGCUGAGGCGUUUGGAUUCAAGAUCAACGCCUCAGCCACGAGCAUGAAGAAGAAGCAAAUCUGGACCCUGGAGCAGGACGGUGAUGACUCCAAUGCGUUCUUCUUAAAGAGCCACCUGGGCCGCUACAUCGCCGCUGACAAGGAUGGCAACGUGACUGGAGACGCCGAAGUGCCGAGCGACGACUGCCGCUUCGUGGUGACGGCGCACGACGACGGCCGCUGGUCCCUGCAGUCCGAGCCGCACCGGCGCUACCUGGGCGGCACCGAGGACCGCAUCACCUGCUUCGCGCAGACCGCGGGCCACGCGGAGAAAUGGAGCGUUCAUAUCGCCAUGCACCCGCAGUUAAACCUCUUCAGCGUGACGCGCAAGAGAUACGCGCACCUGAGCGCCAAGGACGACGAGGUGGCCAUCGACCGCGACGUGCCGUGGGGCGUAGACUCGCUCAUCACACUCGUCUUCCAUGAGCAGAAGUAUCAUCUGCAGACCUCAGACAACCGAUUCCUCAAAAACGAUGGCACGUUGGCGCAGAAGCCCGACAAGACCACUGGCUACACGCUGGAGUUCCGCUCCGGGAAGGUAGCAUUCCGGGACGGUUCGGGGAAAUACCUGGCCCCAUCCGGGCCCAGUGGCACCAUGAAGUCCGGCAAGAGCACCAAAGUGGGCAAAGACGAGCUGUUCGUCCUUGAGCAGAGCCACCCUCAAGUAGUGCUCACCGCUGCUAACGACAGGAAUGUGUCCACUAGACAAGGGAUGGACCUGUCUGCCAACCAGGAUGAAGAGAGCGAUCAAGAGACCUUUCAGAUGGAGAUCAGUAAAGAUACAAAGAAAUGCGCUUUCAAGACCUGCACUGGAAAAUACUGGACGCUCACUGCUAACGGUGGACUUCAGUGUACCGCUUCCACCAAGACUACCAACUGCUAUUUUGAUAUCGAAUGGCGAGGCAAGAAAAUUACCCUCCGUGCCUCCAAUGGAAAAUACGUGGCAGCCAAAAAGAACGGGCAGUUGGCUGCUAGCGUUGAUUCUGCAGGAGAGUCUGAGGAGUUCCUGAUGAAGCUGAUCAACAGGCCCAUCAUCGUGCUGAGGUGCGAGCAUGGCUUUAUCGGCUGCAGGAAGGUCACCGGGACUCUGGACUCCAACCGAUCCUCUUACGAUGUCUUUGGCCUGGAGUUCCGUAACGGGGCUUACAGUCUCCAAGAUUCCACUGGGAAAUACUGGAUGGUAGGAAGUGAGUCCUCAGUUGUGAGCAGCAGCGAUACUCCAGUCGAUUUCUUCCUGGAAUUCUGUGACUACAACAAGGUGGCCAUCAAGUCCAUUGAAGGGAAGUACCUGAAAGGAGACCAUGCUGGUGUUCUGAAGGCCAAUGCUGAUGAGCUGGACAGCUCCACUAUGUGGGAGUAUUAGAAGCUCUCAACUGACCACCAUUAAGUUUUAGUUCUUUUUUUUUCUUUUUACUUAUUAAAUGAUUUUUUUUUUGUUCACCAUGAGCACAAGUGGGUAGGAGAGUAAAACGAAGGUCUGAGUGGUUUUGGUGGUUUAAACAGACUCCAAUGAUGAAGACUCUCUCUUUAAAAUAAGCAUAUUUGUAUUCAUACUCCAGCAUUCUGGUGCCAUGGAAGUCUAGCGGUGAAAUGCAGGUUUCCCAGGCCAUAUAUCAUGUCAGCGCAAAAAAAAAAAAUUCUCAGGGGUUUAUCUGAACCCCAAAUCUAGUAUCCUGUGGUAAAGUCUUGUGGUUGUUAAACGAUUCGACUGGAAUUAAAACUGAUCCAGACUCUGAGGAGAAGUGUGUACCCAGUGUUCUCACAGGUUUGCUGGAUCUCCUUAGAGACAAAAAUGGGUGGGAUUUCUUUUCACGAUCCCUUUCCUCGUCUUUGCACAGUUCUGUAAGAGCCUUUCUCUUUCAAUAUGUUGUGUUUACCAAUGCCUUGUUCAACCCGGUGUGCAUUAGCUCAUAACCCUUCUUUAUAAUAUUGCCAGGUGUUAGGCUUUAUCCCAUUGACCAGAAGACUAAUGGUGAUAUUUAUUGGUAGUUGUAUGAAUGUUUGACUGAUAUGACUGUCCUGCCAUACACAGUUAUAUCAUGUGUCCUUUAACCACUGGAAUGUCCUGUUCUCGGCACUGAAGAUGAUGCUGACCUGUUAGAUUUUGCUUUCUGAAGUAACUGUGUAUGUGAAGGGUGUGUGUGUGUGUAAUACAGUGUUUAUUGUAUUUUCUUUCGUCUUUUGCCGGUGCCAUUACAUUUCAUUUCCCAGGUGCAAGAAAACUGCAGAAAUGCCUAAUACAGCCCGUCAUCUCCACUUUAAAUAUCCUAAUGCCAAUUGGAGAUAAAAAAAAAAAAAAGUUUUUUUGGAGAAUGUCUGCAUCUGAUGCUCGAUUUGUUGUUUGGUGUUAAGAUACGAGGCCGAUGUUCCCGAUCUGUCCGAUCCAGUAUGUUGUUGCAGGUUCAACACUUUAUUUAUGCUAAAUUAAGACCAACCAUGAUGGGUCACAGUGGAAGAGAGUGUUUUGUUUGUGUUCACUGCACAUAUGGAACCAGCAUUGGGUUAAUCUGGAAAAUACACAACUGAUAAACUGGAAAAGUAACACAUAACUGUUCGGUUCUGUUUAAUGUAAAAGGCACAGACAUUAUCAUAUUCCUUUAUCUACAAUUUGGACAAAUAAAGCUUAGGAAUAAUCACCUACACGAAACUAUAACAUAAAUAAAUAUAUAUAUAUAUAUAUGUGUGUAUCGUCGAACAAAUUUUAUAUUAAAAAUUAUAACUAAAGAUCGCACCACUAACGAAUUAGGGGUGGGACUUGACGAAACCCCCCUGAUUAAAUUCUGUGAUUAUUGUUUGGAAACUUUCUAACAUUUCUUACUGAAAAUGCUUGUAGAGUUCAUUUGCUAAGAUUUUGUACUUUCUAAUUGAAGGGCCAUAGAUCAAUCUGCCAAUUUAAUAAGUGUAACAAUCGACCCCAAUCAUCCGACUGGUUCUAUUUAAAAUAAAUAAACAAACCUAUUAAGUGACCGUUACGAGCGACAACGUUUCAGUGCCUCAAACCACUGAGGAUGGUGCAACUGCAUAAACACCAUGCGUUCCAUCAGUCAAAGCUAGUAAAGUAGACUAACCUAUUAGAGAAUCAUAUAAUCUACAGUCACGUGAAGGUUUCUGAUUACUGAGCUCACGCUUGCAUACAAGGGAGUGGUAAUGACUGUGCCUUAUGGUCAUACUGGAAAAACACAACAUUCCACAUCUAUACAUUGUGAAACUUUACUAACUUCUUUUUUUUAUAUUGUUUUUGAUAUUCUGGUUGCUUUUCUUCAUGUGCCAUGGGUACAAAAAACCUACGAUAAAUUGGAUUAUGAAAUUCUA